AUGGCUCCUGGGGAACAGUCUGUGAUGAUCUCCCACUUUGGCCAGGGGACUGGACAGAUCUGGCUUGAUGAUGUGAGCUGCUCUGGAAGUGAAUCUUCUCUUGCUGUGUGUGGGCACAGAGGAUUUGGGACUCACAAUUGUGGACAUGGAGAAGAUGCUGGUGUCAUCUGUUCAGGUGGCAACGUAAAAUUAGCUGGGUCAGCUCGGUGCUCUGGAAGAGUCGAAAUCUACAACAGUGGAUCCUGGGGAACAGUCUGCAAUGAUAACUGGGACAUAAAUGAUGCUAGAGUGGUCUGCAGACAGCUGGCCUGUGGUACAGCAGUGAGUCUCCGUCAGUUUGCAGUGGGAACAGGACAAAUCUGGCUUGAUGAGGUGGCCUGUACAGGCAAUGAAAACUAUCUGACUGAAUGCUCCCACAGUGGAUUUGGUGUGCAUAACUGUGCUCACAGUCAGGAUGCUGGUGUCAUCUGUUCAGGCCCUAUAAGGCCCAGUAUUGAACUUACUCCUCAAGGUGACAUCACCUUGGGUCGUAAUGUCAGCAUCAGUUGUUCAGUCACUGAUGCACAAGUAAAAGGGAUAUUUGUCUUGACGACGACCACAGGCUCAUUCAGCCGGGCUGUGAACUCAAGCAGCAACUCUGCUACUUUCUACAUCGUUCAGGCCACUUUCAAUGAUCAGGGAUGGUACAAGUGUCAGUUUCAAAUCAUACUUCCCAAUGAGAACUUCACCACUCUCUUUAGUGACACAGUCCAACUAAGAGUGAUCUUUCCAACACCCACGAUCAGUAUUGAACCCUCUGGAGUGAUUUCCCUCAAUCAGGAUGUUAGAAUCAUUUGUUCAGUCACUAAUGAACAAGGAGGAGGGUCAUUUAUCUUCAGGAAGUCUUCAGGAAGUUUCAGUCAGACUGUGAACUCAAGCAGCAACUCUGCUGCUCUAAAUAUCCCUAAAGUUACCUUUACGGAUGAGGGAUACUACCAGUGUCAGCUUAAAGUGAGGAUUUCUAACGAAGACUUCAGCACCAACUUCAGCAGUUAUGUCUCACUCUAUAUUAACGGUGAAAUUCCAAAACCCAACAUCACCUUGCAGCCUGCCGGUCUGGUUUCUUGGGGUCAGAGUGUCAGCAUCAGGUGUGACGUUAUGGAUGGAUUGAGUGGAUCGUUUAUUUUCACAAACGCUCCCAGUUCUGUCAUUCAGACUAUAAACUCAAACAGCAACUCGGCUACUUUCCAUAUCGCGCAAGUCCGUUUGGGAAAUGAGGGAUUGUACCAGUGUCGGUUUCAAAGAACGGUUUCUGGUGAAGUGUUUCACACCAACUUUAGUGACCCUGUCUGGCUAACUGUGAACCUCUCACAGCCGACCAUCACCUUGGAUUCUGCCGGUGGGGUGAUGUGGGGUCAGGAUGCCACCCUCACCUGUUCAGUCAUCGAGGGUCGGGCAGGAGGAUUAUUUGUCUUUAGGAGAACACCUGGUAAUUUCAUCCAAACUGUAAGCUCGAGCAGCAACACAGCUACCUUCCAUAUCACUCAAGCUAACCUGGGAGAUGAGGGAUUAUACCAGUGUCAGUUUCAACGGAGAGUUUCUGAUCAAGACUUCAACACCAGCUUCAGUGACCCUGUCCAACUAACUGUAUUUCUUCCAAAGCCCAGCAUCACUUUGGAUCCUGCUGGUGUGGUUUCUGUUGGUCAGACUGUCAACAUCGUUUGCUCAGUCUCUGAGGGUCAAGUAGGAGGAUCAUUUAUCUUCAAGAAGACAUCAGGACCAAUCACUCAUGUUGUAAAUUCAAGCAGCAGCUCGGCUUCAUUCCACAUCAGUGAAGUCAACUUGGUGGAUCAUGGACCGUACCAGUGUCAGUUUCAAAGAAGGUCUUUUAAUCAAGACUUGAGCACCAACUUGAGUGAUUCUGUCCAGCUAACUGUGAGCCUACCAAAGCCUACCAUCACCAUCCAGCCUGCUGGUAUGGUUAUGUGGGGCCAGGAUGUCCACAUUUCUUGUUCGAUUACUGGGGGUGAAGUAGAAGGAUCAUUCAUCUUCACAAAGACCUCAGGUCUUUUCACAAAGACUGUGAACUCAAGCAGCAACUCUGCUACUCUAUAUAUCCCUGAAGUUACCUUUACGGAUGAGGGAGACUACCAGUGUCAGUUCAAAGUGAAGAUUUCUAAUGAAGACAUCAGCUCUAACUUCAGCAGUGAUGUCCCACUCUUUAUAACAGUGAUUCUUCCAAAACCAAGCAUCACCAUGGACCCUGCAGGCGUGGUUACCUUUGGUGACCUCAUUGCCAUCAAUUGUUCCAUUUCGACCCAAUAUUUAGGCGGAUCAUUCACCCUGAAGAAGACCUCUGGAUCAUUCACCCUGAAGAAGACCUCUAAAUCAUUCACUAAGACCCAACAAUCAAGUACCAACUCCUCUACAUUCAGAUUUCUUGAAGCCAGUGUUAAUCAUGAGGGAAAUUACAGCUGUUAUUAUGAAAAACUUGUGGAAUAUAAAACUUUCACCUCCCCUCUAAGUGACAAUGUCACGGUUUCUGUUACUAAUAACUGAAGUUCAUGUUCCUGACCCUUCCUCAAUCUCCUCAUAAACGACUAUCCUAAACUAAUCUAAUGAAUGUUGUGUGAGGUGAGUGUGUAAGUUCUCACGG